AUGGGUAACACUUCCUUCAGGUGUUCAACUUCUACUUCAUCAGAUGAUGAGAAUCAGAAUGCUGUUUUUCAGCCUGAGGAUGUUUUGGACGGCCUUGAUGAAUUAAUGACUUAUAUUGAGAAAUGCUUGGCAAAAGCCACUGCCACUUACAAGGCGGAAGAAAACACGUCUGGAGUAGAUUGUACUGCUUCGAGUCGAGUGGCCUCUUUAAUCAAAGAAGGCAGAAACCUGCUGAAUAAUGUGCUGAAACGUUUUAAAAAACCUCCUUCCCAGGUAUUAAAGGUGCCCCUUCUGUUUAGUUCAAUGAAUUUCGACCGAAUCGCUCUUAAAAAUAUCCUUUUCUUACCACUUCAGAUUAUGAGUGGCGAAACGAGGAAAUUAGUGAUAGAUGUCCUGAAAGGAGCAUCUGAGAUCCAGUGGGUAGGUGCGGGUCUGUCCAUUGUCGCUUACUUACUGAGCGAGACUGACAUGCUUGACCAGCAAGAUAUCAUUACACGCUCAGAAUAUUGUAUGAAGCCUCUUCAAUGCGCAGAGUCAAAGAAGCUUUUGUCCAAAAAAGUUUUUGGCAAUCCCGAUGCAACAUUUGACAGCAGCUCAGAUAUCGACGGCCUGGUGAACAUCUGUGGCGGCAUCCCUUUGGUGUUGGAUCUUGUUGGCUCAAGAUUGCAUAGAGAUAGAGAUCCGAAUAAUCUCUCUUCCUUAAAUAACACCAUAGAAUACUUCAAGAAUUCGCUGGCAACCGGAGAGAGUGAAUUAAUUGACAAGGUAGUUGAUGUGGUGUAUGAGAGUUUGCGGGAUCAUUAUAAAGACGCCUUUCUGGAUAUAGCAGCUUUCUUUUCCAACUGGGAGCGGCGCAUCGUGAGCUAUAUUGUGGGCGAGAUGGAGCUUAAGACACUGGAAGACGUGGCACUGGUAAAGAUCUCCAAUUGCCGAGUACAACUUCAUGAUGUCGUUUUAAGACGAGGAAGAAAAUUGUCAGAGUCGGAUAGAAUAACCGACCCACAAUCUCUGGCCAAUAUUCUUGAAGAUCCUCAGGGUCAGAAGAAAGUGUAUUUUAAUUCUAAAUAUUUUAAUGAAAUAGUAUAUGAAGAUUUUGUUGAUCAGAAAAUUGGUUGGUGUUUUGAAUCUGGUAUAUCUUUGAUGGCUAGGCUUGAGAAAUUGAAAGGAAUUUGGCUUCCAUGGAUUGUCGACGAUGAACCUGCAUUCCAACUUCUUGCAAAACAUUUGGAUAGGAUGGGCAAUUUGAGAAUUUUGUGUCUUACAAGCGGAACUACAGUCACUGGAGUAUGUACCAGAAAAUUUGAAAAUCUAAGAUAUCUCAGUGUUUUUAAAGGACAAUCUUCACCGAUGGAGUUAAACAAGCUUCCAAGGCUGGCAAUUUUCGAGGGCCGCAUAAGGAGUGACAACAGGUUUUGCGAUUUACCUCAUUCUUUGCGUAGUUUGAAGGUAUAUGAUUUUGAAUUCCUUGAGUUGGAUGAAAGGUUUGGCAACCUAGUCCAACUGGAAGAACUGGAGUUAUGGCAAGACAAGCAAUAUAUAAGGAAGCUUCUAGAGAGCUUUGGUCAACUUAGGUCUCUGCGUCGUCUAAGUUUGUGCAAUUUUAGAGAGCUUAUUUGCUUGCCAGAAAGCUUUGGUCAACUGAGAAACUUGAAGGAAUUGAAUAUGAGUGAUUGUCCAAAACUGUUUAGUCUCUGUCGUAAUUUUGGGCAGCUAAAGUCUCUGGUCUAUUUGAGACUUCGUGGCUGCCGAAGUUUGCAGAGGCUUAGUGAUGAUUUCAUAUCUUUGUCAUGUGUGACCGCAAUAGACGCAUCAGGAUGCCCUGUAUUGGAAGGAAAUGCAGUGGACCAGAUGAUUCGGUUGGAAAGCUUGAUGAUGUUAGAUAUCAAGGAAAGCCCUAUGCUCAUAAGCCGUUGCGAAGAAGUUAAGGAGGGACACCCUCUACUGGUAUGCACAGAAAGGUUCAGGGAUGGCAGGGACAGAGAGAAUAUGUAUAACCAUUCAAUGUCAACGGUGUUAUUUGACGGGGCGAGCAGAUUCGUGAGCGUUAAUGGAGUGGUGGCGGACUGGUCGUCCAUCGUCCGUCCAAUAAGGUGUUUCAAAAAGCUUGCUCUCCUCUUGACAUGUAGGGACUUAUGCUCCUCGUCCAAUGAAGAGGCCUGUGAGAUGGUGAAGAAGAAAAUAGUGGACCUUCUAGUGAGGAUUUCCACAUAA